AUUUGAUUUAUCAAUAAUUAAUUAUUAAAUAAGCGGGAAAUGGAGAAGCCUAGUUAUCUUACUAAGAAUGGAAUGAAGAGGAUCAUUGAGUCAGAACGGAAAGAGUUCAGAGACAUGCCAUUUGUCUUCCAAGUUGUCGCUAUUAAGCAAUUUGAUGGUAGUGGCAAAAAGAUCAGACAAAGACUCUCCCUCUCAGAUGGUAUCUCUAUUGUCCCUUCCAUUGUUAAUAUUGAUGUUUUUGAGGAGACUAAAGAUCUGGGGAUGAAGGAAAACUCUGUGAUUACUAUUAAGAAUUUCAAGGUGAGCAAGGUAAAAGGCAAAAGUGUCAUCAUGCUACAGGAACCCUUUACUGUGGAAGGAAAUUGCUCUCAGUUGGGGAAUCCGAAAGGUUACGAAAAGUUAAAACCCACUGAUUUCACUCAAAAUCUUAAUCUUUGUUUUAAGAACAAUGAAGAGAACCUAAGCCAGAACAUGAGCAGCUCUAAGAAGUCGGUAGAGGAGAAGAAGUCUGCUCAAGAGGAAACUAAAGGAGGUAAGGAAGAAAGAAAGUUUGGAAUCGACACUUUGUUUGAGAAAAGAAAAUAUCAGGAUAAAGGAUUUGUUGCUAUACAAAAUUCUGAGGCUAUCGCUGAUGAGCACUCAGACUAUACUCCUAUUGCAGCUCUGAAUUCAAUGAACCCAGACUGGAUUAUUAAGGCUAGAGUCAUCAAGAAAUGUGCCCCAAGACAUUGGAAGAGCUUCAGAGGAGAAGGAGACUUGAUGAAUAUAGAGUUAAAAGACGAAUAUGGAACCUGAAUUCAGGGAACUUUCUUUAAUAAGCUUAUUGAAGAUUACAAGGACCAGUUCCAUGAGGGUAAAGUUUAUAGCUUUAGACAUGGAAAUGUCAAAUCUGCCAAUCCAAAAUUCUCGUCAAUCAAACAUCCUUAUGCCAUAACUUUCAACAGCCACACAGUGAUUACACCAUUAGAGGACGAUGGAUCUAUCGAGAUGGAUAAUUAUUCGUAUUCUACUUUGAAUGAGAUCUCCUCUCUAGAAGCUAAUAAGAUUGUUGAUACUAAAGGAGUCGUUAUCGAGAUCCAAGAGAUGGAUGAGAUCACAAUGAAGAGCGGCAUGACCAAGCCUCUGAGAAGAGUCAUCAUUGCUGAUAACUCAAGAGAAUAUGGACUUUCUAUUCAAAUCACUUUCUGGGGAGAAAUUGCUUAUAAAGCUAAUUUUGUUAAAGGAGAAGUCAUUGCUCUGAAAGAUGCUAAAGUUGGUAAAUAUAAUGGUAUCUCACUAAAUAUGAGUAAUGAGUGUGAAGUCAAGAGGCUCAAGGACGAAAAGAAGCUCAGAUCAUGGUUUGCCUCUCUUGAUGGAAUCAAGGGAAUUCAUAGACUAUCAGAGCAACAUAAGAAAAAGUUUGGACAAAAUGAAGCAGGUCUUAAGCCUCAACUAGUUUCUGAUAUACAAGAAAAAGUCUAUCAAGAUAUUGAAAACGAAACAAAUCCUAAUUAUGUAAUAGAAGGAAUGCUCACAUUCAUUGCGAAGUCUGAUAAUAUGGUAUAUAUGGCUUGUCCAGAUGACAAAAAGAAACUACACAAAGAUCCAAUUAAAAAUGAAUUUUAUUGCGGAAGAUGCAAUACUGUUUAUACAGAGCCUGUUCCUACCUUUAUGGUAACAGCAAAGCUAUCUGACCCAUCUGGCCCAAUUUUUGUAUCCUUUUAUGCAGAGCAAGCAGAACAACUGUUUGGAGGAUUCACAGCAGAAGAGUUUAAUCAUAUUCAGAUCCAUGGUACUUUUCAUGAAGUGAAGGCAAAGAUUGAAGAAUUUUUGUACAAACCCGUCAGAGUCUGAGUCAGAGCAAAGCAGAAUGAUUACGGAAGCAGCAUGAAUGAUGUUAAAUAUUUCGGACAGAAGGUACAUCAGUACAACGUGAAUGCUCACAACUUAAAUCUACUGAAUACUCUAAAGGGAUAUCAAGAAGGAAUGGGAGAAUAAUUGACAUAAAAGCUCAAAUACUUAAUUUCUAU